GACAGAAUCUUCUGAAGCCAAUGAGUUAAAAAAUAUUCUUGCAGAAGCAGCAGCGAUGAAAACUAGCAUUGCAUUUAUAAAUUAAUAAUAUAUUCUCCUGAUGAAUCUGACAAGUAACUUCAUGUAACAUACUUUGGACAGCUAAGAAUGAUUAUAAGAUCCAUGAUAAUCCAUCUGAAGAACCAAAGAAACUUGAUUGUUUCGAAUACUUAACCUCUUGGAAAACUCUAAAUCCUCAUAUUGUUUAUAUGGCGAAGCCCAUAACGCGUAUGAAUAAAUAGAUGAAUUAAUUCCUCAAUUCUUUCUAGUGCCGCAUCUCCAAAAAUGUCCAUUUUCUACCCGGACAAUCUGAGUACUAGUGAGGCAUCUCCCGAAUGGUUGAACAAAGCUGAUAAUGCAUGGCAGCUGACAGCAGCUGCCAUGGUUGGAUUACAAAGUGUACCGGGGCUUGUCAUUCUUUAUGGUAGCAUGGUGAAGAAGAAAUGGGCAGUUAAUUCCGCUUUCAUGGCCUUCUAUGCCUUUGCCGCGGUCUUAAUUUGCUGGGUUCUUUUUGCUCAUCACCUGGCAUUUGGCAAGAAACUAAUUUUCAUAGUUGGGGAGAUUGAUGAGGCCUUCACUCAGGAGCAGCUUAGGCAACAAUUUAAGCGUGAUUACCACGUGCCUAAAGCUGACUAUGUGUUUUAUCAAUUUGCAUUUGCUGCUAUCACUGUCAUACUGUUGGGUGGCUCAUUGCUUGGAAGGAUGAAAUUUUACGCUUGGAUGCUGUUUGUUCCUCUGUGGCUCACCUUCUCUUACACGGUUGGCGCCUUCACUAUUUGGGGAGAUGGAUUUCUUGAAAGGGGCAGAAUUAUUGAUUUCUCCGGUGGCUAUGUCAUCCAUCUCUCUUCUGGAAUUGCUGGCUUCACUGCUGCGUAUUGGGUUGGACCUAGGAAUUCACAAGAUAGGCAACAUUUUCCACCCAACAAUAUACUACAUAUGUUGGCAGGAGCAGGGUUCUUAUGGAUGGGAUGGACAGGUUUCAAUGGCGGAUCCCCACUUGCAGCCGGAACUAUUACUUCCCUUGCCGUACUCAACACCCAUAUUUGCACCGCCACAAGCCUCUUGGUCUGGCUUUCCCUUGACAUGAUCUUCUAUAAGAAAAGCUCCGUCAUUGGCGCUAUACAGGGGAUGAUCACUGGUCUCGUCUGCAUCACACCUGGUGCAGGAAUUGUGCAAUCUUGGGCAGCUUUGAUCAUGGGAGCUAUGUCAGGGUCAAUACCUUGGUACACGAUGAUGGUUUUGCAUAAGAGAUCAGCAUUUUUCCAAAGUGUAGAUGACACGCUUGGAGUGUUCCACACCCACGCAGUCGCUGGUGUGCUGGGAGGAUUGCUCUCUGGAAUCUUUGCAGAGACAAAUCUUCUCAGAAUGUUCUAUCUGCAAGACAAUUAUGGUCCAGGCUUGCUGUGCAGCAUAGGUGAGAACAGAAUCUCAGGGGGGCUCCGACAGAUGGGUUACCAGAUAUUGGGAGCCCUUUUCAUCACCGUGUGGAAUGUGAUGAUUACAAGUGCCAUCUGUUUUUUGAUCAGUCGAGUUGUGAACCUUAGAAUGGACGAGAAAGACCUUCUGGUAGGAGAUGAUGCAGUGCAUGGGGAGGAAGCAUAUGCUUUGUGGGGAGAUGGAGAGAGAGAUCCGCCUCCUCUUUGGUUUCGCACACCAAGAAUGCCAGCACUCUUCCGCCGCCAUUGACCUGCAACUGCUUUAUAUCAUCACCCAAAUUACAGUGAGGCAGAAAUGAGCCCUUGCAUUCAAUGCAGACCAAUAUUAUGUAGGACAUAUGACAAAUCACAAUUUUUAAAUUCAACUGAAUAUUACUCACUUCAUAAUUAA